AGUUGUAGAGCGAGAGAGUUGGAUUGGGAACAGUUCAGUUAGAUAAGAAAAGAUCAAAUCAACUCUUUUUCUCUUUGAUUCUCUUUGAACUCAAUGGCAUCGACAUCGACAUCGACAUCGACGUCGUGUCCGCUGAACGACGUCGUCGCAGCAAAUUCUCCCCCAAACUCCCCAAAUUCCUCUUCCUCCACUCGCAAGGCUUGCUAUGCUGUUCUCCAGAGUUGGGUCUCACAGAAGUUUAUAACUGGAUGUGUGGUUCUCUUUCCUGUUGCUGUUACAUUCUUCAUCACAUGGUGGUUCAUUCAGUUUGUUGAUGGUUUCUUCAGUCCAACAUAUGCCAGGCUUGGCAUUGACUUAUUUGGCCUUGGAUUUAUUACAUCACUAAUUUUCGUAUUCUUUAUUGGUAUGUUUGCUUCAUCAUGGGUGGGUGCCACUGUUUUUUGGAUUGGAGAAUGGUUUAUAAAAAGAAUGCCCUUUGUAAAGCACAUUUACUCGGCCUCCAAACAGAUUAGUACUGCUAUUUCUCCAGAUCAAAAUACCACAGCUUUUAAAGAGGUUGCAAUCAUCCGUCAUCCUCGUGUUGGUGAAUAUGCAAUUGGUUUUAUCACAUCCUUUGUAGUCCUUCAGAGAUCAUAAUUUCAGUCGGUAUGACAAUGCCACGGGUGAUUUCUCCUACAGUAGGGAUUGCUCCUCUAAGUGAUGAUAUGCAUCUGGACACAAUAAUAUGAGGGCAUUAAGAACAGGAUUUCAUGAGGAGG